UAAAUAAAAAGUUUUCGAUAUAAAAAUAAGAAGAAAAACAGAAAAAGAUCUAAUUUUAGUGAUAUGAAAUAAAUGGUGUACCAUAUAAAAGUGUAUGAGAGGAGAGAGAGAGGAGAGAGAGAACUAUCGCAAUACAAACCAAUACUAUUGGAAAUUUUCAUCGUUCGUUCUCUCUCGUUCGUAUUUAUUAAUGAUUAUUUAUUACGUCAAAUACAAAUUAUUUAAUCAUCAUCUUACUGUUAGAUGAUUACUAUAACAUUCGUGGAAUUAAUCGACAUCUGUCUCUUAUUAAGAAAAAGAAGUGAGAGGGACAGAAAGAAAAAAAACAAAAAUUAUUCUUUAAAUUAAGAUUAAUACGGGAGGAUAUAAUUUUUCUUCGUUAAUCCUUCUUCUGCAUUAUUAUCGGAAUAUGCCUGGUAUCGUAAACACGAUUUUCGAAGAGAGUAAUAACGAGGUCGAGAAUCUAGAAAAUGGCAGCAAAAAUACGAAACCUUACGAAAAAGAGGAAGAGGAGGACAAUGAAUCCCGAAAGAAAUUUGACUUACUCGUGACGAUGCGUAAUGCCAUGGAGGCGUACUUUUCAAAGCAUCGAAGAAUCUUCAAGUUUCUAGGCUUGGUACUGUUAAAUAUUCUCGUAGUGGUGUACUUUGUCUUUGCCACCAACUAUUGGGCCAAUACCAAAGAAUCAAGCGAUUGUGGUUUUUGUUGGUGCACCGGUUAUGGAAUGCUCUUGUUACUCCUGUGUUUUACUUAUGGCGGAUUAUUUUAUUACAUGAUAAUUAAACGAUAUUUUGGCAAAUUUAUUAUCCCUUUAUUCCGACCGGUUGAAAGAGGCAUAGCAAGACUGCAGAAAACAAGGUACGGAUCUCGAAUAUUCGGAACAGUGAUAUACUUGAUGAUACUCAUAGCUAUCGUUGUUUUUCUCAUCUUUGAUACAAUUCAUUCGACGGAAAGACUGAUCAGUGGCUUUGGUGUUAUAGUCCUAUUGCUUUUAGGAUGGCUAUUCUCAAAACAUCCAGCACACAUUAAUUGGAAGCCCGUUUUGUCCGGCAUGAUACUGCAAUUUUUAUUUGGUUUAUUAACCAUUCGUUGGACCGUUGGCCGAGCCAUUUUUGAAUGCAUUGCGAAUAAAAUUACUACUUUUAUGAAUUACUCGAAAGAAGGUGAUGCAUUUAUUUUCUCUGAGGAACUCGUCGAAAAAGGAAUCUUUGCUUUUUCAGUUCUUCCGGUUAUCUUUUUCUUCAGUUCUUUCAUUCAAAUAUUGUAUUACAUUGGAGUAAUGGGGUGGGUAGUUAUGAAAUUUGGAUGGGGUUUGCAAUUUAUCAUGGGAACCACUAUAUGCGAAUCUUUGAACAGCGCAGCGAAUACGUUCAUUGGAAUGACGGAAUCCCUUUUAUUGAUAAAACCGUACAUAAAUAAACUGACCUCUUCGGAAAUUCAUGCCAUUAUGUGUGCUGGCCUAGCCUCGGUUUCGGGUAGUGUUUUUGCCGCGUACGUCAAUUUUGGUGCUGAUCCGGCGCAUUUGUUGAUAGCAUCGGUAAUGUCAGCUCCGGCUGCACUUUGUUAUGCCAAAUUAUUUUAUCCCGAAACGGAAAAAAGUCUGACUAAUUUGGACAACAUUAAAUUGGAAAAAUCAGAUGAUUCGGGAAUUAUGGAAGCUGCGAGUAAUGGAGCACUGGCAGCAAUUCCUAUAAUACUUGGUAUAAUAGCUAACAUGAUAGCUUUUAUAUCUAUCGUAGCCUUCAUCAAUGGUUUUCUCUUCUGGUUGGGUGAACUUUUGGGAUUUUCCAAUUGGACGUUUGAGUAUCUCUUAUCAAUGAUUUUUAUGCCAUUAAGUUGGAUCAUGGGUGUACCAUGGAAUGACUGUGAAAAAGUUGGAUAUUUAAUAGGAUUGAAGACUGUCGUUAAUGAAUUUAUUGCUUAUAAAGAACUUGGAAAAUACAAAAAAUUAAAUGCAAUUUCAAAAAGAUCGGAAACGAUCGCGACCUAUGCCAUUUGUGGAUUCUCUAAUCCCUCAGCAGUCGGUAUCAUGAUGGGUGCUUUGUGUAGUAUAGCACCAAAUAAAAAAAAACAGAUCGCUCCUGUUGCCAUCAGAGCAUUAAUCUCUGGUAGUGCCGUUUGUUUUCUCACAGCAUCGGUUGCCGGUAUGCUGAUAGAGGAUAAUAGUCACGUGAAUGCGAACAAUGUGAUCUCAAAUUAUACUCUUGAAUAUUAAGAAGAAAUCUUCUUAUGCGACUUAAAGAUAGGCCAAAUUAUUCUGUCAUUUAUUCCUUUCAGUUAAAAGAAGGAUAUUGUAAAUAACUUUUUGAAGCAUUUAUAAAUGAAAAAUGACAGCGCAAUAUUGUAAUCCAUUUACCAUAUACAUUUUUAACUAUAGAGAAAAUACUGUUGUAUAAAUGUUCAUUCAUUUUAUAAAUACUAUACAUGACGUAAUUACUUAGAAAAGAGAAGUCAUUCAAGUUUUUCCUGUUAUCAAAAUGCAUUAAAGGAAUGUUCUAUUUUUUCGAAGUAAGAUAUGCCAUAGUUUAAAAAAAGAUGUCCGCAGGGUGUAACGCCCGUUUGUACAUUUUCAGUAAAUAUAAUUAUAAAUUCUAUAUAUUUUAUAUAUAUAUAUAUAGCGUAAAUAUCACACAAAUUGAACAUACUUGUAUAUAGUGCUCUACUAUGUUCUUUCACGUAUUAAGUAAUUUAAUAAAUCUACUUUAAAGUA